UUAUGUUUUUUUCUGGUUUGCUGCAAAAAGAAGGUUGUUUUUAAUUGAGAAAAAAAAAGGGGAGAGGCUUUUGUUGGGGGCAUCUUCUGUUGUUUCUGCACUGACACCUGUUCUUCUGUUGGUUGCAGCGGAAGUUGCUUAGGCGCGCGGUCUUGCUGUAUGAGUUCUGUUGUAGUACACACACAGCAUGGAAGAACAAUUCAUUCUGCGAGUGCCGCCUUCCGUCGCAGAGAGGAUAGAGAGAGCUCUGAAUGAAGACCCCUCUGGAGCGUCGGAUGGGCCUAUUAAUCUCUCAUUUGAAGAAGAGGGGCGCAAUGGGUAUUUUGUCAUCGGGGAGGACAGAUUCCCUGUGUCUCUGCUUGAUCUCCCUUGUGUCGUUGAAUCCUACAAAACGUACGACGACACCAAUCUCGUGAAGACGGGAGAUAUAGGGCAGAUGAUUCUGGUUCGCGAGCCAGGCCUGGAACCGAUUGAAGGCCCUGAGCACAGGCAUGGCGUAACGCCGCCUUUCCGCGAUGUGCGAAGGCGGCGGUUUCGGCGCGACCCGGAGUUGAAUCCAGCUCUUGUGAGCAGUGUGGAGAAUGACCUAAUGAACAUCUUGCAGGGUGGAACAGUUAGGGACGUGGAGAUGGAGGUAGUAGAGCACGAAGAGGAAGCGGACGACGACAAGGAGGAAGGCGAAGUGGGUGGAGUUGGGGGAGAAGAGGCAGCAGAUCAUGAUGCUCAGCAGGGCGGUCUUGCGACAGGUCAGUCGACAAGGGCGGGUAAGCAAGGAGUUGGCGUUGGUGGUGGUGGCGGUGGCGGAGGGGGUGUAGAGGCAGGGCUGAAGCAAGCGGCGCAGGGGAGAGAGGGUGAAAAGAAGUCGCCAUUGAGCGACUACUCCGAUGAUGAAGAUGAUGAAGAUGAUGAUGAUGACUUGAUGGAUGGCUAUGCGGAAUAAGAUUGUUCUUCUUUUUGUGUAUUCUGCUUCCAGCUUUCGUGCGUUUGAUUGAUUGCCCUACACAUGAGGUUUGGAGGCUGUCCUUCAGUAUGCCUGAGUAUGGUGGUACCUUUUUUUUUCGUGCGCGCAUCACAGCUAACCCAAGAAUACUUCAUUUUGUGCCUUGCAUUUCGCAGCAUGAAUUUGGGUACUUGGGUCGUUGGCGUAGUUUGUUUUUCAUUUGAAUGUCUUGAUUGUUUCCCUGAUUGAGCAUGGCUUCUAGCUGUUAAUAACUUGGUGAGAUGCCAAAUGUGAAGAUCCGGUGUCUGCGCCCCUUUUCUCCAAGCUCA